ACGGAUUGUUAUGCUGUGGUAGUUUGGCGGGACGAUGAAAUCCGUGCUGGUAGAGAGCGCGUGCACACGAACGAGCUCGUCAAAGGCGAUUGUCCGUCCACGCGGAAGCAGAGCCACCGCUCGCGAGCAUCUAUCCCUCGAUCGCCUCUCACUCGCAGAACACGUACACCUCGUGUCCCCGUACACGUUCCUCAGGCUCUUCUUGUAUGCCGGUAUUUUGGCGGCGGUGCGUGGAUGUGCCAGUUACCUCCGCCCCGCGCCGCCUCUGCAACGUCCAAAUUAUCGAAUAGGAGAGGCAGCAACGACGAUGCUUUCGCGACGAACAUUCCAAGGAGCGAGACACCUCGAACGAUGACACGAUGACUGGUGAAAAGUAGCUGCGUGUGAUGCCUCUUCGUGUGCGUUAUGGGCUGGGUUGGAGGCUGAUUGUCUGGCGAGGAUGGGUUGGACGAUUCUUUUAGGCGAGUAUUCUCGCGACGAUGGAGGAUUUAAGCAUCGUUGAGCUUUCUAAUUCGAGAUUGGAGAUGAAACGAAUCUAUUCGUUCGAAUUCUAUGACGGAAAAAAAAAAAAAAUUGAAGAACAUUGAAGAUUGACAGACGUCUCGCAAACAUGAGAUCAGUAAUUUGGCGUGCCAAACAACGGUAAAUUUAAGAACAAAUUUUAUUUUGUUAAAAAAAUGAAAAUUUUUUAAGGUUCAAAGAAUCAUGUGUUUGGUUAAUUACAAUUUUGUAAUCAGAUGCUAUCUUUGACAAUAAUAAAUUAUCUUCGAUACCAUCACCAAUUACUAUUAUUAAAUGUCUAUUUCAAUGUUAUAUUGAAUAUAAAUCAUCGUUUUUUAUCCAAGAUAUGAUUGGGUUACUUUCAACAAUUAAAGAUCAAUCACAUGAAAAUUUUAACAAUAAGAAUUCUGUCCUGAUAUACAAAUAAUUUUAUGAUUAUUGGAGUAAAAGUUUGCUAAAUGGUCGUUCUACGAACAAAGUUUAUAGCAAAUAAUAGCGCGUACAAAAAGAACGCGCUUCGAUAUCCUUUCACGAUGUACGAGCAGAAAAAUGCUGUAUACACAAAGAAAAAUUCACAUAUUUACGACAAUAAAAACUUCAAUCCAGAUGAUAUCACUACAGUUUAUAAACAUCCGGAUGUUACUUAUAUCUGCGAAUAUAUAAAAGACAAAUUUUAUUUUGCAACGUUAUCCAACGGUCGAAAAGAAGUGAAAAGCACAUUUCAUAUCCACUUUUUUACAAUCGAUGACGAGCUAGUUUAUAAUAAUUUCUAUCAUGACUUUGGUCCCUUAAAUCUUGCUUGUUUAUACAAAUAUUGCUAUAAGGUAAACAAAAAACUAGAGAGUCCAGGAAAUGAGCACAGACAAAUUGUGCACUAUACUUCGCAACGAGAGCAUAAAAGAGCAAAUGCAGCGUAUUUAGUCGCCUCUUUUGCAGUAUUAUACUUGAACAAGAGUCCAAGAGAAGCUUAUAAUACUCUUUUUAUGGGAGGCGAAAUUCCUAUAAAACCGUUUCGAGAUGCUUCUAUGGGAUCAGCCAUUUAUAGCAUUCAUUUGUUAGAUUGCUUAAAUGCGCUUAAGAAAGCAGCAUCUUUUGGCUUCUUUAAUUUUAACGAUUUUGAUGUGGUUGAAUAUGAAAAAUACGAAGACAUGAGAAAUGGUGCUUUAAAUUGGAUGGUACCGCAAAAGUUUCUGGCUUUCGUUGGUCCAAGCACGGAACCAGGCACUCCCUAUCAUCCUCCUGAAUGUUAUAUCGAUUAUUUUUUACAAAACGAAGUCACUGCUGUAGUUAGAUUGAAUAAGAAAGCGUACAAUGCAUCAAGGUUCACCGAAGUAGGAAUCACGCACUACGAUAUGUUCAUGCCAGACGGCACGGUACCACCAAAAAGAAUAUUGAAUGAAUUUUUGAAUUUAAGCGAAAACACUAGUGGACCUAUCGCAGUUCAUUGCAAAGCUGGACUGGGAAGAACAGGUUCAUUAAUUGCUGCAUUCUUAAUAAAACAUUAUAAAAUGACAGCAAGAGAAGCUAUUGCUUGGAUAAGAAUUUGCAGGCCUGGUUCCGUUAUAGGACACCAGCAAUCUUGGUUAGAAAAUAUUGAGAAAAUUUUGUUGAAUGCUGGUCAUCAAUAUAAAUUGAAGUAUUAUGGUGAUAGCGAUAUAAUAUUACACCAUAAAUAUGGAAUAUAUUCGAUCGCGGAAAAGGCAGAAAGGAAAAUAACAUACACAUCCGAAGGAGAAAAAUACAGGAUGUAAUAAAUAUGACAAUUCAACCAACGAAAAGAAGGGCAAAACAAAACUUACAAGAAUUUUAGGAAAAUUGAGAAAUUUCCGGGGAUCGGAUGAUGCAGAUCGAGUGUCACAAAAAUUCAGAGUUACCGAUUCAUAUAAUAUGACACAAGGAGAUAGACUCAACGAAA